AUGACUGAAGGCCGCGGUCGUCCAAAAAAACCUUUUCAAGAAAGCUGUGAAAAAACAAAAAAAAGAAAGGUUCAACAUUUGUUAGACUCGCAUAGUUCUCAGGAAUUAGCAUUUGCUUCUCGUCUAAGCUUACACCGUUCUGGUAAAAGGCAUGCUUCGUCAGUUAUUCAAGAAGUGACCGAAAAAACACCAACUCGAGCUCAUAAAUUUAAAAAAGCAUAUAAAAUGUCCAUGCGUAAGUCUAAUAAUAAUAAAAUGUUUUCUCCAGAAGAAGUGUUGGCUAUUCUUGUAGAUUUAAACUUGACCAAGCAACAAUAUAUGACAUUACGCCAACGACUAAAAGAGAAAGAAGUGUAUGUUUUUCCUUCUUACGAUGUUAUAAAAAGUGUAAAAAAAGAAUGUUAUCCACCUGACCACAAUAUUGUCGUUAGCGAAUCAUCUGCGGAAAUUAAAUUGCAGGCCAUAUUAAAUAUUACAACUUCCCGAAUCGUCAAAGUACAAGAUAUAGUUCUUCAGCAAUGUAUAAAUGAUAUACAACCAGAUUCAGUAGAAUGUAUUUAUAAAUGGGGUUUUGACGGAAGUUCUGGUCAAAGGGAAUACAAACAGAAAUUCACUAAUGAUACUUUUUGUGAUUCAAAUCUUUUAAUGACAUCUCUUGUACCAAUUCAAAUACAUGGACUUCAAAAAUCCAAUAGUGAAAAAAUAACAUUAUGGAAAAAUCCACGUCCAUCAUCAACUAAGUUUUGCAGACCAGUUCGGUUUUUAUUUGAAAAAGAAACAAAAGAUACCAUAAAAAAUGAAGUUAUGUAUAUUGAAAAUCAAAUUAACGACCUUGAACCAACAAAAGUGAUUAUUGGCUCAACAAAUCUAAAAAUCAAUAAUAAAUUGUUGCUCACCAUGAUUGAUGGAAAAGUUUGCAAUUCAAUAACCGACACAAGUUCCCAAGUUUGUUAUAUUUGUGGAGUAUCUCCAAAAUAUACUAAUAACUUAGAAUUAGCUAAAAAUAGAACUAAUAAUGUAUCGACUUAUUCGUUUGGUUUGUCUACUCUCCAUGCACAUAUACGAUUUUUUGAAUGUCUCAUGCAUAUUUCGUACAGGUUGGAAGUGAAGAAAUGGCAAAUAAGAAGCCCGGAAGACAAACAAUCAUUUAAACGUAGAAAAACGUAUAUAAUCAAUCGUUUUCGAAAAGAAGUUGGUAUUAUUAUUGAUCAACCUAAACAAGGUUGUGGGUCAAGCAAUGAUGGUAAUACUGCUCGGAGGUUUUUUGAAAAUGCUUUAUUAUCAGCAGAAAUCACCGGAUUGAAUGUAGAACUAAUAUCUAGAUUUGGAGUAAUACUUGCAACAAUUUCAAGUGGUUUUCAUAUAAAUAUUUCGGCAUUUGAAAAGUAUGCUAUGGAUACGGCAAAACUUUACAUAGAAUAUUAUAACUGGUACUAUAUGCCAGCUAGUGUCCACAAAAUUUUAUUGCACGGUGCCGAUGUUAUAAAACAUUGUUUGCUACCAAUUGGGCAAUUAUCUGAGGAAGCCUCGGAAGCGAGAAAUAAGCAUUACAGAUCUUUUCGAGAACAUUUCACUAGGAAAACCAGUCGGAUUGAUACAAAUAUAGAUCUUCUUCAUCGUUUAAUCGUUACUUCUGAUCCGGUUAUAUCAUCAAUACGGCCAAAUCCUUCCAAAAAAAUGGUGCCAAUAUCCCCAGAAGUGUUAACUCUUUUAACUAGUUCAGAUUCAAUACCUAGAGAAAAAACCGUUGCUAUUCCAAACUCAGAAUCUGAAUAA